AUGCCUUGUUCCAAAGACCAUGGCAAUCAAUCCUUCACGGACGAUGAGCUGCCACUCUCGGCACAUCUUGAAGUCUAUGUCGAGUCCGACCGCAAGAGGGUGCAGGCCGGCGAUCAUGCCGGGUGUGCAGAUGAUCUUAUUGCCGCGUGGCGACCCAUGGAAACGGUCUUUGACUUUGCGGGGCAGCCUUCUCCACGGGGAAAGCCUGUCCACGCUGUCAUGCAUGAUGGAAGUACCGAGUUUGGAGAGAUCGUCGACAUGAACGGCAUGAACAGGCCCGGCAGGCAAGGGCCGGUCAAGGCAAGGGAGCACUGGCGCCUCCUCAGGCUCCUGCUCAUGUGCGGUGUGUCAGUACAAACAACUCCAUUUUAUCCUUCCUUCUAA